CCUCUUUGGACUGUUGUCGAAGUGCAACCUGUACCAUGAGUCAUCUCAAGUGCAGAGCAGGUGGCAAGCAUCAGGUCACACAGGAACGAUGACGGAGUUCUGCCUGACAGAAUACACGUCCGAGUUCUACACAGGGUUUGACAUCUCAACUCAGUCUGGGCAGACGCAAGUAGGAUGUUGCUCCUCCGAUGUUUUCUGGGGUGGGGCUCAGACCCCAGCGCAAGUGGUGUACGACUAUGAGAUCUACAAGAACGAACUCCAAUCUAUCAUCGACGCCUUCGAGCAUACGCUGUCACUGACCAAGGACGGCAUGUCGAGCAUCAAGACAAAGUCGGCGGACAUGGAGUCUAACAUCACUCUCAUGAUGAGUGAGGCACAGGCUGAGAUCAACAAGAUAGCAGACGAGCUCUUGACCAUUGGCUCGUGUGCAGACUACAAUCAGCUCUAUGAAGCCAUCCGCAAGCCCAUCUGCAACAACCUCUCCUACUCCUUGAACGGCCUCUGGAUCCUUUGCCUCCUUGUCGCUCUCUUCUGGCUGCCUUUCUUCUUGAUCCUCCUACGGUUCGCCAAGAUUUUGAUGCUCGCGCAAGGGAUGGGGAAAGUUGCUCCUGGUCAUCCUCUAGCCCCGAAAAACAGCUUAGUGGAGGUGCAGGUGCAGGAAUCAGCCUUCACAGAUCAGAAGAACACGAUGAACGACAAGACUGAAGAUUUGACUUUCACAAUCAUAGACUGAAGGCCGCAGCCAAGGCCGCAGCCAUGUAUGUUCGUAGCUAAGUAAUCAAUUAAAAGACAUAAGGGAG